AUUUGCAAUGGCGUCGAUGUAAACAGUUACCACGGAGAGCAGUAGAUAAACCAGUUUGCUCACGCAACAACCGUCAAAAGAAACCUUUCCUUGCCAUGUAAAAGUGAAGGCUGCCUCUGUGACACCAGAUGGCGCUCAGUGGGGGGCUGGAGGGGCAGGAUCUGAUCCGCAACCUCCGUCAGCUCAUCUACAGCUUCGAGCCCUACAUCCGCGAGGCUGUCUCAGCGGACCAGAUAGAGGAGAACCUGAUACACCUGGAGGAGAGCGAGGAGAACUUCCACAAAUAUGAAAUCAUAAAGUUGCUGAAACGAAAAAUUGAUGAGCUCCUGGGACCUUUGAUUGAUGAUGAAAUUGAGCGGUUCUCGACAGUUGGGCACAUUGGGGCCAACGGACAGGAGACAGUGGUCAGUCGAAUCACUGACCGCAUCUUGCAGUCUCAGCAAUAUCAUGACUUCAACAAGAAGCUGAAGCGUAAUAUGACUGAUGCUAUUGACCAACUGCAACAGAACUUCGAACAGGAAUUCUCAGGUGGUCGUCAUGGCGAUGCUGGUUUUCAGACACGCAGGGAAAAUAUUGUUACAGACGAUGAGGAGGGAAGUGUGAUAAUGUUUGACCAUGACUACAUGAAGCAUGUAGCGGACAGUCUCAGCAAGAGCAAGCCCACACAAGUACGACGGGAUGCUCUCCAGAAGCUGAACCAGAUCAUGUCUGCCGACUCCGUCAACUCCGACCACUGGCUUCAGUUGAAGCGUAACCUACAACAAGUCAUGUCCGACCCUGAUGAACAACUCUCGGCCCUGAGUGUGAAGUUCAUAGCCAAGGCUUUCACCAGCACCACUCAUCAGACCAGGGAGAUCUACAUCUUGUUGACGGAAUAUCUUCUGGAGCAGUUCCAGUCCGCGAAUAGCUCCAUCCCCCAUGUGAAGGCGGGUCUCGACUGUGUCCGGCCUGAGAUCAGCAAACUCCUCAAGGCUUUACGCCUGAUGAAUGAGUUCCAGCAGGAAGCACCGAACUAUUGGAUACGAUACCCUGAUAGGUAUGUGGAGGAGAUUGUCGAGAGCACUCUGAACCUCAUAUCCGUGCCCCAGUCAGGGCCCACUCAGAGACUCACACCAUUACACUUCAUUGCUCUCAUCGACCCCAAGGCGCAGUGGUUCAUCAAAUGGAUGCAUGGCAACUACAGCAGGAAGGUUCUACUGCAGACUCUGGAGAAGUACAGACCUGUUGUGGAGAACACAGUCAAGCACUGCCUGGAGUUUUCUGCUGCCCGCAAGUUCCCUCAGGAUAUGAUGAGUGACAUGUCCGAUUCUGUGUCCAAGUUGUCCAUCAAUAUAUCACCGAGUGAUCAGCGAAUGUUCUACACUGGGCCGGAGUUAGACUACGCAUACUUCAUCCACUGCGUGUGUAUUCUGGGGAGACUCCUGUGUUUCCAGAAUGGACGCAAGUUCUUCCCACUCAAGCUUAAAGAUGAAAGUGUGACCAUCAACCGACUACUGAAGGCUCUAGUUUUGCUGAUAGUUGAUCCGGGAAGUUCCUCGUCCAGCAAGUCCCCCAGCAGUUCCUCCCAGGGCAACCAUCCUCCCAGUGAGGGUACACUGCUACACGUGGCCGACAUCUUGUCUAUCCUCGCCUCCAACAGCAGGGGGCGCUGUCACCUGAUGUAUGGAGAAGGUCGGGACUUACAGAAUCGCUCCAAGUCCUCACCAGCCCAUGUUAUUGCUGAGUUCACAAAGAAAGCCCUGAUGUCGUCUCUACCAUGUGGUGCUGGAUCUCAGCCCUCCUGUACCGUAGUGGGAGCUUACCUGUAUAUAUGUAGACAGCUGUAUAAUACAUGUCAGGGCUUGCUGGUGCUACAGCAGUACGACCUGCACAAUACAGUGGCUACAGCGUGGAAGGAGCUGUAUAAUACAUGUCAGGGCUUGCUGGUGCUACAGCAGUACGACCUGCACAAUACAGUGGCUACAGCGUGGAAGGAGGCCUCUCAGGCAGCUGACCGUGCUGCCACGCCCACUCCAUCAGACUCCAGUAUUGACAUCAACAAAUCUCACAAGGAAGUCAGUGUGCUGUUCUGGGAAGACACACUGCGUGACAAUCUGUUGAACUUCGCCAGUACUGCCAAGGGUAUCUUGCUGCUCCAGCUGACUGGCUCCAUCAAUGAGUGUGUGUCCUACAUGUAUACCAGAUAUGAAAAGAAACUACAGGUCAGCAAAUGUGAGAAAUUUGGAUAUGGAGUGAUGGUGACUCAGAUGGCUGCCACAGCACCAGGGAUCGUGGCUCUUCAGAACACUGGUUACAUCAAGGCCCUGAUGACAGAGUUGUGGUCAUCCCUGGAGUGUGGACCCUCUGAUGAACCUGUCUUCACCCCCAAGAGCUGGCCGGUGGAUGCAAUAGACCGCCUCUCACACAAGCAUCUAAGCCGACUGUUGAACAUUCUGUCAGGCUUCCCUGCCGUGUACGAGGUGCUGGCGGAGAAACUGCCGGUGCGGGACAGCUACAGCUUCCGUACCAUCCCAGACACAGUCGAUAUAUACAUAUCUCUCUUCAACUACUUAGCAGUCCAUUCCUUUGGGCUAAGGGUGCUGUGCGUGAUGACAUCGUGCCUGGACACGUAUCUCCUGCUGCAGUCCCAGUACAAGUUCCAGGAGUUGCUGCUCCAGGCCCAGGCCGACAACAUCACAGAUGGCAGUGACCAGACAAUAGUGGACGUGUUGUCUGUGGAGAGGAACUUCCUUCUGGUCAAGACUCACCUGAUUGGUGGACCCACGGAGAGGAUGAUCCCCCCUCGGUCUCUGGAACAGACACGUGAUGGGGUGUACCCCUACCCCCUGUUCUCUGCCUACCCCCUCCCUAGGGAGUACUGCCCCAACCUGGCCGGCCGAUCAGCCAUGAAACAAGACAAUGAGCUCAGCAAGUUCCUCACGGGGAAGGGAGACAGGAAGAUGCCAUGGGUGGAGAAAGGCCUCAACAUCUUCGUGAAACUCCUCACCAACAAACCGGAACAAGCCAAGGGGAGCUUGAUGCAGCAGUUGCUGGAGCAGACGGUCAACACCCUCAGCAACAUCCCAGAAGAGGCCAUCUUCCCACUGCUGGACUUCUCACCUGAUGAUACUGGGAUGAAGAAGUUCACGCUGUCUCCUUUACAGUUGUUGGGAAUUAAGACAGUUGUUAGGUAUGGGAUGCACCUCAAGGCUAUCAACACCUCGGCUGCUGCCACAGACGGCCUGACCCAGCUCCUGAAACAGACUGGCUACUUCCUGAAACAGCAGCAGAAGGUUUUCAGGUCAUCACUCCGUUACCUUCAUGGCGGCUAUCCUGGGUUUGACUGGUUUGCUGCCACUGUGUUCCUCAUCUUCCACGGCAACAUGGAGCGAGCGUGGAAGUUCUUGUACAAGUUCUCCUCCCUGGGGGUGUCCGGCUAUCUGUGGAUGCCCCGACUGCACGCUUCAGUACACCUCCCGCCUCCACUAAUGAUGAGCGGCAUACACCCAGUCUUCUCCAGCACGGCACACAACAUCGAGUUCAUCCUGCAGACAGAGCUUCCUCUGGUGGCCUCCGCUUUCAAGAUGUCUGGAUACACACCUGCACAGAUCUGUGUGCACUGGCUGAAGCAGUGUUUCUGGAACUUCCUUGACUGGGGCGACAUCUGCCACUACGUGUGCACCUGCAUCGUCCUCGGUGCCGACUAUCAGGUGUAUACAUGCGUAGCCAUUCUGCGACACCUCCAGCGCGACAUCCUGCAGCAUAUGCAGACGCAGGAACUCAUCUUCUUCCUCAAGGAGGAGCCUAUCACCGGGUUCCGGAUGGCGGAGAACAUCCGCUACAUGCAGGAGUUGGAGAAGAAGUUCCGCAGGAUCGUCCAGCCAGACAUGAUGAACAUUACCAAGCCAUGAUGUCCUCACAAAGGAGGAGGAGGACCUGUUGAGGACAGGUUGCUAGGACCAGAAGAAGAUAACGGGAACCAGCUUCCUUUGGUAACAUGAUGGUAGAGUUUCAGUGAUUUAAGAUCAUGCAGUUGACAACUGUGGUCACUUGGUAGUUUCCAGACUCAUUUCAUGUUGAUGCUCACCAUGGAUGUUGUUGGUGAUUUACAGUGCCAGCUGUAGUAUGUUUCUACUAUACUAUGUCUAUACACCAUGCCAGGAACAUGAAGCAUCGGAGACAAGUGUCUCUUGGUUUGAGUCCAGGUUUAUGCUGAAGAAUCUGUCUCAUGUAAGAUGUUUGGAAGUUGUCUCUUCUGAAGCAGUAAAAGUGAUGCCUAUAUUGAACCAGAUGAUCUUGUGCUAAGAUGAUCUUGUGCUGCUAAGAUGAUCAUAGCUCCCAUUCUUUAACAUAGGCUUAUGGAAGUCUCAUUGCUAAGAUAGUUUUGUGACAUGGGUCUCAGACAGGUUGCAAACCCUGAAAGGAGGAUGCAACCUUCUCGUGACCACUUCUGCAAACUGUUUCUGUAGUCCUGGGGCGGUGGGGUAGCCUAAUGGUUAAAGCGUUGGCUCGUCACGCCGAAGACCCUGGCUCGAAUCCCCACAUGGGUACAAUGUGUGAAGCCCAUUUCUGGUGUCCCCCGCCGUGAUGUUACUGGAAUAUUGCUAAAAGCAGCGUAAAACCAAACUCAGUCAGUCAGUCAGUCAGUCCUGUAGUACUCCUCACCUGACCACCUACUAUGUAUAUUCUAUCUGCCAGUCAAAAUACAAGCAUUCACUAGUCUAAUAGUCUGGUCAGCAUGCUGAGCACUGAGCUUGACUGGUCUGUUUGCAGUCAGUAUGCUAUUAUAAGUCAAGCAUCUUGAUAUAAAACUUUGUAUUUUGAUUUUUAGACCUAAUGUGGAGAAAUAUUCUUCAAUCUCAUGAACAUGCAUGUACUUUAAGUUAAGCUAAUGGUACAGUCAUGUUGUAUCAUUGAUUACGCUGUAUCCUAAACAUUUAUUUCUGUCAUGUUUCAUAGAUUCUUGAUUUAAGUCAAUAAUCAUGUUGAAAAUCAAAAUGCAAAUCUUCUGUUGCAAAUCAAAGAAGCUGAUGAAAAUCAUGGGUUAGAUCUGAGACUGCAAGAACCACUGGAAUGGCACCAGUGAUUAGAGUAGCGUAAAUUAAUGCUUUUCUGGAGAUAGAACAGAUUGACAGACUACUGCAUAUUCACAAUUUCAUGUUUCAUAAUUUCAUCACUCAGCCAUUUGAUGAAAUUGUCUCAUUUCAUGUUUGUGCUAUCCCCUGGGUGCAUCGUAGUGGUAACCUGACACCUGAUACUAUACUUUUAUCAUAAAGUUUUACAUAUGCAAGAUAUCAUUAAUGCAAAGUCCAUGUUUUGUGAAUGUUAUAUUUAUGAUCUGAUGUUUAAAGUUGUAAUAACAUGUAGAGAUCAUAUGUCGCAGAUUGGAUCUAGAAAAGAUUCACCAUUUUUUUAUUUAUUUACCAAUUUUCUGUUGUCUGUGGACAAUCCGUACUUACUUCAUUCCAAUCAGCAGGCAUUUUCUUUAUUUACUUGGCUUAGGGAUCAAUCAGUCACAAAUUUCACAAAAUGGAAUAAGAAUAAAUCUUGAUUGCAUUCUUGUUUUCCAACUCUUAGCCUGCCAAGUAUAAUUUGAGAAUGAAAAACAAAUAUUGAAUCAUUUAUGUUUUAGCUCUUAACCAAUACUACCUUUAAAAGAUCACAUUUAGGAAAACAUGUUUAAUGUUUUUUACCACCAAUGAAAAUCAAUCUAUAAGCCAAGUAAUUGGAAAAAGAGACGUGUCCUGUGGAUGAGAGGGCGAGUGGGCAAGUGAGUGAGUAUAGCAGAAUGUGAUACCACCAAUGCCUCUUACAUGGGUGAGUGAGUGAGUCUGAACAUUGACACAAUGCCCUACUAUAUACAACUGCACCACCUGUGCUUUGGUCUAUGCCUUGUGGGGCGGUGGGGUAGCCUUGUGCUUAAAGCAUUUGCUCGUCACACCGAAGAUCCAGGUUCGAUUCCCCACAUGGGUACAAUGUGUGAAGCCCAUUUCUGGUGUCCUCUGCCAUGAUAUUGCUGGAAUAUUGCUAAAAGUGGCGUAAAGCCAAACUCACUCACUCACUAUGCCUUGUACACAGGUGGUGUCAGAGUGUAUCUAACUCUAGAAUGUGUGAUUAGCAUCAAUCUUCACGUCCAUGUUUGCGAUGCAGACUUCUACCUUGGCAUGAUCUGUGAUUUGAUGUUGUAGCAUCAUCCGUCCAUCAUUCCAUCAAAGGGUAUGUUUUUGUAUAAUAAACAUAUUCUUUCAUA